GCUAGCUGGCUGCAGCUGCACUGUAGGCUGUUUUCAGGGACAAGGAGCCACUGUUUUUCAAACGAAGCAUAAACAUAGAAGUUAUUUUGUAGGCUUCAGGAUGCAGAUAUGGGUUGUGCUGCCAGCAUUGUUCUGCUUCAAGCCUUUCGUUCUGUGGUACAGAGGAACUGUCCACAUAUUUGUAGACGACGACAAGAGGAAUUGUCACAUGAAAUUCUGCCACUGGAUAGUGAUGAUGAAAUGAGCAGACCCAGAACUCUCAUCAUAAUGCAGGAUAAACCCAAAUUUUUGGAGCCUUUGGAUUAUGAAACUGUCAUCACAGAGAUUGAAAGAAAUUUUGAGGAUUAUCCUCUAAAAGAUCUCCUGUUUUUCCCCAAUGAUGACUUUUCAAUAGAUACAAUUCCAUGGGAAAUAAGGACGCUCUCCCUGUCUGUACCUGAAGAUGCAGUACAAAAAGCAGAAAACUUAUUUGUUAAAGAGGCUUGUAAAUAUUACAGUUCCCAGUGGCAUGUUGUGAACUACAAAUAUGAACAAUAUUCAGGAGAUUUUCGACAUUUACCACAAAAUGAAUGUAGACCAGAGAAAUUGCCCUCACAUUCCUUUGAAAUUGAUCAUGAAGAUAUUGAUAAAGAUGAAGAUACAACAUCCCACUCCUCUUCAAAGGGUGGUGGUGGAGGUGGAGGAUUCGGGACAGGUGUUUUCAAAUCUGGCUGGCUUUAUAAAGGAAAUUUUAACAGCACCGUGAACAACAGCAUUACUGUUCGGUCAUUCAAAAAGCGCUACUUUCAGCUGACACAGUUAUCGGAUAACUCAUACAUCAUGAAUUUUUAUAAAGAUGAGAAAAUAUCAAAGGAACCGAAGGGCUGCAUUUUUUUGGAUUCCUGUACAGGGGUUGUGCAGAAUAACAGGCUUAGGAAGCAUGCCUUUGAACUAAAAAUGAAUGACCUGACAUACUUUGUGCUAGCAGCUGAAAAUGAGCAGGAUAUGGAUGACUGGAUAUCCACUCUCAACAAAAUCUUGCAAAUAAAUCCAGAGGGGUCCAUUCAGGAGAGGAAAAGCGCAGAUCUCACUGAUCUGAAACUUGAGUCUGCCGAUGUUUCAAUAAAUUCUGAAUGCCAACAAGAAGAGACAGAUCUGCUGGAGAAUACCUCUCAUCCAGACUUCAUAAAAUAUAUCAUGGAGACUGAAGAAACUGUGAAAACAUCUCGACAUGUGGAGCGGCUAAAUCUGUUCUCCCUGGAUCCUGAUGUAACUACCUUGAAUCCUCAAAAAAAGGAGUUUCUAGAAACAGAAUUGAUGAUCAAACCAUUUGAGGAAAAGGCUGCAAAGAGGAUCAUGAUAACUUGCAAAUCUCUCAUUUUGAAUCUUCAGGCUUGUGUUACUGAAAAUGAAAGUGAUCCUGUAACUAAUGUAGAACCUUUCUUUGUGAGCGUGGCUCUAUUUGAUAUCAGGGACAACAGGAAAAUCUCUGCUGAUUUUCAUGUGGAUAUGAACCACACGCUUGUUAGACAAAUGAUUUCAACUUCCUCGCCUUCUUUGGAGAAUGGCACUAUUGAAAAUAUGGACUCAAAAGAAACAGAAGAGCCACAAAUCAAGGGAUUUCCACAAGAAUGGCUGAAAUAUCCAAAACAGGCUCUCUUCUCUAUAAGUAACCCCCACUCAGAGAUUGUGUUGGUGGCAAAAAUAGAAAAGAUACUCAUGGGAAAUAUUGCUAGCAGUGCUGAGCCUUACAUUAAGAAUCCAGACUCUAAUAAGUGUGCACAGAAGGUGUUAAAAUCCAACAAGCAGUUCUGUAGCAAGCUGGGGAAGUACCGUAUGCCGUUUGCUUGGUCAGUGAGACCUGUGUUUAAGGAUAAUCAGGGAAAUGUUGACAGAGACUCCCGAUUCUCACCUUUGUUCAGGCAGGAAAGUAAUAAGAUUUCAACUGAAGACUUGAUAAAACUAAUAGCAGAAUAUAAAAGAGCAGAGAAGAUCAGCAAAAUACAGACGAUACCUGGCAGUCUAGACAUUGCAGUAGAUUGUGUCCCUUUGGAACACCCAAAUUGUGUAACAUCAUCUUUUAUUCCAAUCAAGCCAUUUAAUGAUAUAAAGGAGCAUCAACCUACAGUGGAAGUGGAGGAAUUUGUACAAGAAUCAACAAAAUAUUCUCGGCCUUAUAGGGUGUAUAAGAACCAAAUAUACAUCUAUCCAAAACAUCUCAAGUAUGAUAGCCAAAAAUGCUUCAGUAAGGCAAGGAAUAUAACAGUGUGUAUUGAGUUUAAGAGUUCAGAUGAAGAAGGAGCCAAGCCACUGAAGUGUAUUUAUGGGAAACCUGGAGGGCCGUUAUUUACAAGAGCAGCCUAUACCGCUGUGCUGCAUCAUUCACAGAAUCCUGAUUUCUAUGAUGAGGUGAAAAUUGAACUUCCCACCCAGCUCCAUACGAAACACCACAUUCUGUUUUCAUUUUAUCAUGUUACCUGUGACAUAAAUGCAAAAGCUAAUGCCAAAAAGAAAGAGGCUCUGGAAACACCAGUUGGAUACGCGUGGCUUCCUUUAUUGAAAGAUGCCCAGUUAGCUUCUCAAGAACAUAACAUUCCAGUGGCAGCCAGUUUGCCUCCCAGUUACUUAAGCCUUCAAGAUCCCGCAAGUGGAAAGCACUGUGCAAGUGACAUAAAGUGGGUAGACAGUGGCAAGCCACUUUUCAAAGUGUCUUCAUUUGUUGUAUCAACGGUAAAUACUCAGGAUCCAUAUCUGAAUAACUUUUUCCAGCAGUGCCAAAAAAGAGAAAAGGAUCUCUCCAACCCUCCUACCUCAAACUUUAUCAUCUCCUGUAAGAAUUUGCUGAAAAUUGAGAAGAUCCAUGCAAUUAUGAAUUUUCUUCCUGUGAUCUUGAAUCAACUCUUCUCAGUUCUGGUACAAAAUGAUGUGGAUGAGGUUAAAACUGCUGUGACCAGGGUUCUCACGGACAUUGUUGCCAAGUGUCAUGAAGAACAACUAGAACAUUGUGUCCAUUCUUAUGUAAAGUACGUGUUCAGAACCAAGUCACCCGAAGAAAGGACUGUUCAUGAGGAGCUAGCCAAGAAUAUGACUGGCCUUUUGAAAUCAAAUGACCAAUUAACAGUGAAACAUGUCUUAAAGCACUCCUGGUUCUUCCUGACAAUUAUUUUAAAAUCAAUGGCCCAGCACUUGGUUGAUACAAGCAGGAUACAGGUUCCCCGAAUUCAGAGAUUUCCAGAAUCAUUCCAAACUGAACUGGACACACUUAUAAUGAACUUGGCAGACCAUGUUGUUUGGAAACACAGAGAUGCUCUUGAAGAAACAAAAAAUGCAAACCACAGUGUUGCCAGAUUUCUCAAGCGCUGUUUUACGUUUAUGGAUCGUGGUUUUGUGUUCAAGAUGAUCAACAGCUAUAUAAGCAUGUUUGGAGCAGGAGUUCCCAAGGUUUUGUAUCAGUACAAAUUUGAUUUUCUUCAAGAAGUUUGCCAUCAUGAACACUUUAUUCCUUUGUGCCUGCCCAUACGAUCUGUACACAUUCCAGACCCCACGACGCCUUCAGAAUCAACGCAGGAAUAUCAUGCAUCAGAUAUUCCAGAAUACACCCUGACCAAUGAAUUCUGUCGCAAACAUUUCUUAAUUGGAUUGCUGCUCCGAGAGGUUGGCUUUGCGCUUCAAGAAGACCAGGAUAUUAGGCACCUAGCUUUGGCUGUACUUAAAAACCUAAUGGCAAAACAUUCCUUUGAUGAUCGAUAUGCAGAGCCGGAGAAGCAGGCACAAAUAGCAAACCUGUACAUGCCACUCUAUGGCAUGCUUCUGGACAACAUGCCGAGGAUUUACAUGAAGGAUAUGUUUCUUUUCAAUAUAAAUACAUCCAACCAGGGAUCUAGGGAUGAUUUGAGCACUGCUGGAGGAUUUCCGAAUCAGACAGCUAUGAAACAUGCAAACUCUGUGGAUACAUCCUUUUCCAAAGAUGUCCUGAACUCCAUAGCAGCCUUUUCAUCAAUAGCUAUCUCUGCAGCAAACCAUGCUGACUCCAGAGCUUCCUUAGCAAGUCUUGACUCUAACCCAAGUACCAAUGAAAAAAACAGUGAGAGAACUGACACCUGUGAAAAGAUUGUGAGACCUUUAUCUUUGAUUGGAUCAACUUUGCGGUUUGACAAGUUAGAUCAAGCAGAAACAAGAAGCCUUCUUAUGUGUUUCCUUCACAUUAUGAAAACAAUUUCAGAAGAAACACUGAUUUCCUAUUGGCAGAGAGCUCCACUCACAGAGAUAACAGACUUUUUCAGCAUUUUAGAAGUUUGCCUGCAGAAUUUUAGAUAUCUAGGAAAACGCAAUAUAGUAAGGAAAAUUGCUGCUGCAUUUAAAUUUGUUCAGGCCACCCAGAAUAAUGGAACACUUAAGGGGUCUAACUCAUCAUGCCAGACAUCUGGUCUCCUGUCACAAUGGAUGCAUUCUGCUUCAAGUCACGAUGGCCACAAACAACACAGAUCUCAAACAUUACCAAUAAUCCGUGGCAAAAAUGCAUUUUCCAACCCCAAAUUGCUGCAAAUGAUAGAGAAUACCAUUGCAAGUGGCUCCAAUGAAACAGACAUUGCUCAUUAUGUAGACACAGAAGCAAAUAUUGCCACAGAGGUUUGCGUCACCAUUCUUGACUUAUUGGGUCUCUUCACUCAGAACCACCAGAGACAGCUCCAGCAAUCUGAUUGUCAGAAUGCACUGAUGAAAAAGGUCUUUGAUACCUAUCUCCUUUUUCUGCAAAUCAACCAGUCUGCAGUAGCCCUCAAGCAUGUCUUUGCUGCCUUACGGCUGUUUGUGAGCAAGUUCCCAUCUGCAUUCUUUCAAGGGCAGGCAGACCUGUGUGGAUCAUUCUGCUAUGAAAUUCUGAAGUGCUGCAACCAUCGGUCACGAUCAACUCAGAUGGAGGCAUCUGCUCUUCUUUAUUUUUUCAUGAGGAAGAACUUUGAAUUUAACAAGCAGAAGUCAAUAGUCAGAUCCCAUCUACAGCUCAUCAAAGCUGUAAGCCAGCUGAUUGCAGAUGCAGGGAUUGGAGGGUCUCGGUUUCAGCAUUCGCUUGCUAUCAUAAAUAAUUUUGCAAAUGGAGACAAGCAGAUGAAAAACAGUAACUUUCCAGCAGAAGUAAAGGACCUGACCAAACGCAUCAGGACAGUUUUAAUGGCGACAGCUCAGAUGAAGGAACAUGAGAAGGACCCAGAGAUGCUUGUGGAUCUGCAGUACAGCUUAGCAAACUCCUAUGCCAGCACACCUGAAUUGCGUAGGACCUGGCUUGAAAGCAUGGCCAAGAUUCAUGUUAGAAAUGGAGAUUUGUCAGAGGCUGCUAUGUGCUAUAUCCAUAUUGCUGCCCUCAUUGCAGAAUACCUGAAAAGAAAGGGUUACUGGAAAAUGGAAAAGAUUUGCACUUCACGUAUGCUCCUGGAAGAUGCUCAAGUCUCUGAUAGUAAUCUGUUACUAACAACUCACACUGGAGGAAGCUUAUUCUCCAUGGGAUGGCCAGCUUUUCUAAACAUAACCCCAAAUAUCAAAGAAGAAGGAGCUAUGAAGGAAGACUCUGGAAUGCAAGAUACUCCAUACAAUGAGGGCAUCCUCGUGGAGCAGCUGGAGUUAUGUGUAGAAUACCUGUGGAAAUCUGAAAGAUAUGAACUCAUUGCUGAGGUUAACAAGCCUAUCAUUGCUGUGUUUGAGAAACAAAGAAACUUUAAAAAACUGUCAGAACUGUACUAUGACAUUCAUCGAUCCUACCUGAAGGUCACAGAAGUAGUGAAUUCUGAGAAACGUUUGUUUGGAAGAUAUUACCGUGUAGCAUUUUAUGGACAGGGCUUUUUUGAAGAAGAGGAAGGCAAAGAGUAUAUCUACAAAGAACCCAAGUUAACUGGCCUGUCUGAGAUUUCUCAGAGACUAUUGAAACUUUACGCUGAUAAAUUUGGAGCAGAUAAUGUGAAAAUAAUUCAGGAUUCCAAUAAGGUCAACCCAAAAGACUUGGAUCAAAAAUAUGCCUAUAUCCAGGUCACAUACGUCACACCUUUCUUUGAAGAGAAGGAAGCUGAGGACAGAAAAACUGACUUUGAAAUGCAUCACAACAUCAACCGUUUUGUAUUUGAAACACCUUUCACACUGUCAGGAAAAAAACACGGAGGGGUAGAGGAGCAAUGCAAAAGACGGACAAUCUUGACAACCAGUCACUUAUUUCCUUAUGUGAAGAAGCGCAUUCAAGUUAUAAGCCAAACAAGCACAGAACUGAACCCUAUUGAAGUAGCGAUUGAUGAGAUGUCCAAAAAAGUUUCAGAACUUAAUCAGCUUUGCACAAUGGAAGAAGUGGACAUGAUUAGACUUCAACUCAAGCUUCAAGGAAGUGUCAGUGUAAAGAUCAAUGCAGGACCAAUGGCAUAUGCUCGAGCUUUUCUUGAAGAAACAAAUGCUAAGAAGUAUCCUGAUAACCAAGUCAAACUCCUGAAAGAAAUCUUCAGGCAGUUUGCAGAAGCAUGUGGGCAUGCUCUUGAAGUUAACGAACGUCUUAUUAAAGAUGAUCAGUUAGAAUACCAGGAAGAAAUGAAGUCUCAUUAUAAGGAUAUGCUCAGUGAGCUCUCUCUAGUCAUGAAUGAGCAGAUUACAUACAAGGAGGAUCCAGCAAAACAGCAAGGAAUGGAGCGAACUUAUUCACGAGCCAUCUCUAGGACAAACACACUUGUGCCAGGAGCGCUAAUGCCUUCAAAUCCUGAAGCUUGACCAAAACAUCAAUGACAUUAUCCAGACCUCUGUAGAACUUUAUUCUUUUAAAAAAAGGUUCAUGAACAUGACAAUGGAUCAUGCAAUAUGGUUUUAAUUUAUUGGAUAUCUUGAUAGCGAUUAUAUUUUUUUUAAAUUGCUAGCUUGAUAUCCAUUGAAUGUUUAGUUCCACAGCAAACCCUAAGUUUGCAGUCAAUAAUAAUAUAUCUAAUACUGAGUCCUGGUAUAUUUUAAAGGUAAAGUUGAAUGUUUUAUAACAUUUAAGUAAAUUGCAAUUGUAAAUAGAGGAUGUGUAAAAUAUGUCAUUUUUACAGAAUUUAAAAGAAUAUCUUUUUAGUUAAUAAUUAUGAUAGUACUAAUAAUGUGGAUAACAUUUCAGAUACCAUUAUAUUAAAAUAUUUGUGUAUGUGUACAAAAGUCUAGAAAGAUUUUUUUUAGUUCAAUGCAUUAGUUCAUUGCAGUAUCUUCUGUGCUUUGCAUAUUGGCAAGGAUCCGAGUGUCAUACACCUUUGUGUGUACCAUUCUGACAGUUACAAAAGACCUUCUCCACAAGGAAUGGCACUAGUAGAACAAUCUCUAGAGUCCCUUGGAUUCUAAAUACUGUACUUUGUUGAGUGUGGCCCACACUGGUAAUGUGGGGAGCUAGAUUUUUAUACCAUUUUUCACAAUUUCCUGACAAUUUGCAGCUUCUAUGCUCCUUUAGUUUUCCCUUCAUCCCUAAAAUAUAGAAUCAUAGAAAAUUAGGGUUGGAAGGGACCUCAGGAGGUCAUGUAGUUCUACCCCCUGCUGAAAGCAGGACCAUUCCCAACUAGAUCAUCCCAGCCAAGGUUUUGUCUAGCCAGAUCUUAAAAACAUCCAAGGAUGGAGACUCCACAACCUCUCUGGGUAACCUGUUCCAAUGUUUUAUGACCCUCCUACUGAGAAAAUUCUUCCUAAUAUCUAACCUAAAUUUCUUACUGCAACUUGAGACCAUUCUUGUUCUGCCAUCUGCCACCACUGAGAACAGUCGAGCUCCAUUGUCUUUGUAACCCCCCUUCAGGUAGUUGAAGGCUGCUAUCAAAUCCCCUCUCCGUCUUCUCUUCUCUAGACUAAAUAAGCCCAGUUCCCUCAGCCUCUCCUCAGAAGUCAUGUGCCCCAGCCCCCUCACCAUUUAUGUUGCCCUCCACUGGACUCUCUUCAAUUUUUCCACAUCCUUUCUGUAGUGGGGGGCCCAAAACUGGACACAAUACUCCAGAUGUGGCUUCACCAGUGCUCUGAGUAGAGGCAAAGAAUCACUUCCUUGCCCUACUGGACAGGACAGCCCAGUACACCACCAAGGCAGCCCAGUGUUCUGUUAGCUUUCUUGGCAACAAGGGCGCCCUGUUGGCCCAUAUUCAGCUUAUUGUCCACUAUAACUUCAAGGUCCAGCUCUUCUAAAUAGUUCAGAACUUGUUCUUUCACCACUGUUGGCUGCUCAUCUCCUCCUCAAACUGUGCUGCCAGGUGCAGUAGUCUGGGAGCUGACCUUGUCUGUGAAGACUGAGGUAAAAAAGCAUUGAGUACCUCAGCAUUUUCUACAUCCUCUGUCACUAGUUUGCCCCCUGCGUUCAGUAAAGGACCCACACUUCCCCUGAUCUUCCCCUUGUUACCGACAUACUUGUAGAAAACUUUUUCGUUACCCUUCACAUCCUUUGCUAGCUGAAAUUCCAGUUGCACUUUGGCCUUCCUGACUUCAUCCCUGCAUGCCCAUGCAAUAUUCUUGUACUCCUCCCUAGUUAUUUGUCCAAGUUUCCACUUUUUAUAAGCUUCUUUUUUGUGAUUUAGUUUACUGAAGAGUUUACUGAAUUUAGUUUACUGCUAAGCCAAGCCAAGCUGGUCUUCUGCCAUACUUGCUAGUCUUCCUGCAUAUUGGGAUAGUUUGUUCCUGCACUGUCAGUAAAGCUUCUUUAAAGUACAGCCAGCCCUCCUGGAUUCCUCUCUCUCUCAGACUGGCUUUGCAGGGGAUCCUACCCAUGACCUCCCUGAGCAAGUCAAAAUCUGCUUUUCUGAAGUCCAGGGUCCUUAUUCUGCUGCUCUCCAUCCUUCCUUUCCUCAGGAUCCUGAACUCAAUCAUCUAUAUGCUCUAGUACAGUGAAUUUUUACAUUCUUUAAAUAUUAAUGUGAUUUCUCUGAGCUAUGCUUUGCAGCCUUGAACUCUUUUCCCAGCCCCUGAGCUAUAGAGUAUCAAGGGUCACACUCACCUCUCUCAGCCUCCCUAUGCAGUAUGGCUUGAGGAAUUGAGGCUGUCCCCAAAACAUAGAAAACAAGUGUGCAGACAGAGGGCCUCUAAUCCAGGCAGCAAAGCAUCUUGGAUGCAGGAGGCCAGCAAGCUGACUACUGGGAUGUGGCUGCAAUUGCUGUGGCCUCACUCCCACUCCACUACUGCUUGCACUGACAGACUUGCAAGGAAGUGGGUGUUGCUCAGAGCCCAGUAAGGUUCUGCCCAGACCCCAUCACCCAUAGUUAUAGACACUCCAACCUCUCAGAUUAAAGCAAGGCCUGGAAUCAUGGGUCUGGCUCCAUCCUGAAUCCCCAAGUGGGUUUAGGGAUGGGGAACAAGCCCUGCUACUUUGUGACUCUGAUCUGUGCAGCUAGUCAGGUUGCCUCACGAGACAGCCUGAGCUAUUCUUUCAUCAAAGACCAGAGCAAGAGCCUCUGUCUAGCAAGACAGGGAUAAGGGCAGCCUUCAUAGAUUUUAUAGCUAUUAGGGCUGGAAGGGACCUCAUGAGAUCAUUAGGUCCUGCCCAAGAGGCAGGAAGUCAGCUGGGGUCAGAUCAUCCCAGCAAGAUAAGCAUCCAAGCAUUUCAUAAAGGUAUCCAGAGUAGGUGCUUGUACCUCUUCUGCGGGGAGUCUAUUCUACUCUGGAGACUCAGACGGUAAAGAAGUUUUUCCUUAUGUCCAGUCUAAAACGGUCUUCCAGCAGUUUGUGACCAUUAGACCUUGUCUUCCCUUAUGGUGCCCUGGUGAACAGACAUUCUCCCAGUUCCUGAUGCACACCCCUUAGAUACUUAUAGGCUGCCACCAAGUCACCCCUGAGCCUUCACUUCUCCAGGCUGAAGAGUCCCAUGCCUCUAAUCAUGCACGUGGCUCUCCUCUGAACUCUCUCAAGGUUCUCCACAUCCUUUCUAAAGUAUGAAGCCCAGAAUUGGAUGCAGUACUGCAGCUGUAGCCCCACCAAGACCGAGUAAAGUGUGAGGAUGACUUCUUUCAUAGAUUCAUAGAUUCAUAGAUGUUAGGGUCGGAAGGGACCUCAAUAGAUCAUCAAGUCCGACCCCCUGCAUAAGCAGGAAAGAGUGCUGGGUCUAGAUGACCCCAGCUAGAUACUCGUCUAACCUCCUCUUGAAGACCCCCAGGGCAGGGGAGAGCACCACCUCCCUUGGGAGCCCGUUCCAGACCUUGGCCACUCGAACUGUGAAGAAGUUCUUCGUAAUGUCCAAUCUAAAUCUGCUCUCUGCUAGCUUGUGGCCAUUAUUUCUUGUAACCCCCGGGGGCGCCUUGGUGAAUAAAUACUCACCAAUACCCUUCUGUGCCCCUGUGAUGAACUUAUAGGCAGCCACAAGGUUGCCUCUCAACCUUCUCUUGCGGAGGCUGAAAAGAUCCAGUUUCUCUAGUCUCUCCUCGUAGGGCUUGGUCUGCAGGCCCUUGACCAUACGAGUUGCCCUUCGCUGUACCCUCUCCAGGUUAUCCGCAUCCUUGUUGAAGUGUGGCGCCCAGAAUUGCACGCAGUACUCCAACUGCGGUCUGACCAGCGCCCGAUAGAGGGGAAGUAUCACCUCCCUGGACCUAUUUGUCAUGCAUCUGCUGAUGCACGAUAAAGUGCCAUUGGCUUUUCUGAUGGCUUUGUCACACUGCCAGCUCAUGUUCAUCUUGGAGUCCACUAGGACUCCAAGAUCCCUUUCCACCUCUGUGCCACCCAGCAGGUCAUUCCCUAGGCUGUAGGUGUGCUGGACAUUUUUCCUCCCUAGGUGCAGCACUUUGCAUUUCUCCUUGUUGAACUGCAUCCUGUUGUUUUCUGCCCACUUGUGCAACCUAUCCAGGUCUGCCUGCAGCUGUUCCCUGCCCUCCGGCGUGUCCACUUCUCCCCAUAGCUUUGUGUCAUCUGCAAACUUGGACAGAGUACAUUUCACUCCCUCGUCCAAGUCGCUGAUGAAGACAUUAAAGAGUAUCGGUCCAAGGACCGAACCCUGCGGGACCCCACUACCCACACCCUUCCAGGUCGAGACCGACCCAUCUACCACGACUCUUUCUUGGCUCUUGCUUGAGAUGCAUUAGUAGAUGCAAGCCAGAGUUUUAUUUGCUUUGCCAGCUGUGGCAUCUCAUUGGUGGCUCAUGUUCAUCUUGUGAUCAAUCAUGACCCCCAAGUCUCUUUCAGUCAUUGUGCUAGUGAGUGUAGCAGUGUCAAGCCUAUAAGUAUAGCACGAGUUUUCUUCUCCCAAGGUGGAGCACCUUGCAUUUCUUCAUGUUGAAUGUCAUCAGGUUUUGAUCUGCCCACCUUGCAAGCCUGUCCAGGUCAGCCUGAAUUGCCAUGCUAUCCUCUAGUGUGACCACACUUCCCCAUAAUGUGGUGUCAUCUGUGAACUUAGCCAGUCUGCUUCUGAUACCCAAAUCCAGAUCAUUUAUGAAUAUAUUAAAGAGUACUGGUCCAAGAACUGAGCCCUGGGGGAUACCACUGAUCACCAUGUACCAUGUUGACUCGGUUCCAUUGACUGUCACUCUCUGGGUCUGACCAUGGAGCCAGUUUCCCAGCCAUCAGACCAUAAGUUUGUCAAGGCCACAGUUCCCCAAUUUUACCAUAAGGACAUAAUGGGAGAUCAAGUCAAAGGCUUUUUUGAAAUAUAAAUAUAUGGCAUCAACCUCUUCUCUUUUGUCCAGGUGAUGCAUCACCUGGUCAUAGAAGGAAAUGAGGUUGGUCAGGCAAGACCUACCUGCAAUGAAGCCAUGUUGGCUCUUUCUCAGAACGUUGCCAUCCAUUAGCCUGUUGUUGAUGAUUUCUUUCAUUUUUUUCUAAGCUCUUUCCAGGGAUUGAGGUCAAGCUGAUUGGCCUGUAGUUCCCUGGAUCUUCCUUCCUUCCUUUCUUGAAGAUAAGCACCACAUUGGCCCUCUUCCAAUCUUCAAGAACCUCUCCUGAGCACCAGGAGUUCUCAAAUAUCCUCACCAUUGGUUAUGCUAUGACGUCAGCCAACUCUUUUAGCACUCUUGGGUACAUUCCAUCUGGACCAGCUGACUUGUGGAUGUCCAGCCCCUCAAGCUGUUCCCUUACAAGAUCUUCACCAAUUAUAGGUGUAUGAUCACCCUUACCCUGGUAGUCCUGCAUCCUGUCAGGCAGGGUGAUCUCCUUGGGUUGGUGGAAAACCAAUGCAAAGUAAUCAUUGAGGAGAUUAGCUUUCUCCUGGGUCUUGGUUGUGAGUUGCCCCAUUUGGUUUAGCAAGGGUCUGAUGUUGCCCUUGUUUUCCUUCUGACUUCCCACAUAUUUGAAGAAGGACUUUUUAUUGUCCUUGAUUCCUGUAGCCAGUUUGAGUUCGGUUUCAGCCUUGGCUUUUCUGGUCUGUUCCCUACAGAUGCAGGCUAGUGCUGCAUAAUCCUCCUUGGUGGUAGUUCCCGACUUCCAUCCCUUAUAAGCUUCUCUUUACAGAUUCAGAAGGUCCAUGAGUUCACUACUGAGCCGGGGGGGGUCUCCCAGCUCUUUUGCUACCUUUCCUAUGGGCUGGAAUGGACUUCCCUUGUGCUUUGAGGAUGACGUCCUUAAGGAAUGACCACUUAUUGUGGACUCCCCUCCCUGUUGGAUCAUGGUCUCUCAGGGCCUCAACAACCAAUCUCCUGAGCUUGUGAAAGUCAGCUUUCCUAAAGUCCAGGAUUUCUGCAUUGCUGACUGAUUUGCCAGCUUUGCAAUGGAUAGAAAAAGUGAUCAACUCAUGAUCAUGUCACCAAGCUUCCCUUCGAUCCUCAGGUCGCUGACUAGAUCAUCCCCUUUGGCCAGUACCAGAUCCAGCAGUGCCUUACCUCUUGUUAGCCCGUAGACUCCUUGAGUCAAAUAGAGCUCAUCAGUGCAAGUGAGGAAGCUUCACGACCAAUCAGAUUUAGCUAAAUACGCUUCCCAUGAGAUGUUAGGGUGGUUGAAGUCGCCCAUGAUGACCAUGCACCGAGAGCAUGCAGCCUCUGCCAGUUCCAUAGUGAAUCCGUGGUCAAGUUCUUCCUGGUUCGGAGGUCUGUAAUAGACUCCUACAGUUAUAUCCCCUUCACCACAUUCUCCCCAUAUUCUAACCCAGAGAGUCUCAAGGCAUCCUCCUUGGGUGCCAGUUGCUGCUCGUAGGGAAAUGUACUGCUCCUUCACGUAGAGAGCUACACCCCCAACCUUUCCUCGCAACAUGAUCCCUCCUGUAUAAGGCAUAGCCAUCAAUACCUGUGGUCCAGUCAUAGGUGGAAUCCAACCAGGUCUCCGUUAUCCCUAUGAGAUCAUAGUCAUUUUUGCUUAGCAGAAGAGCCAGUUCUUCCCCUUUGUUUCCCUUGCUCCUGGCAUUUAUAUACAGGCAGCUAAGCCUGGAAUCGGAAGCCAUGGGGUUCCCUAUCCUCUUAUAAGUGUCCCAUCCUUGGCCUAGGGUAGGAGUGAGUUCCUUUGUGUUAUCUGACUUGCUGAUUCUGUGGUUUUCACUUCCAGGGCUUGCACUAGUAAUUGUCUGCCUGUUCCCCAGUGAUCUUAGUUUAAAGCCCUGUCAAGCAGGUCAGCCAUUCUGGCCGAGAAGACCUUCUUUCCCAUCAGAGUGUGAUGGAGGCUGUCCCUUCCCAACAAACCACUGCCUCUCUCCGAAUUGUGGACUGUGAUCAAAGAAUCUGAAGCCUUUGCAAUGGCACCAACACCACAGUCUUCUGUUGAGUUCUUCAAUACGUCUCUCCCUCCUGUGCCUGGGACCCGUAACUGGAAGGAUUGAAGAGAAAACUACCUGUGCCCCAACCCUCUGAGCCCAGCCCCCAGAGCCCUGUAGUCACUCAUGACCCAGCCAGGAUUGCUCUGAGUCAUGUCAUUCAUACCCACAUGGAUGAGGAGCAUGGGGUACUGGUCGGAGCAUGCUAGUGGUCAGACCUUGACCUCAUGCUAUUUCCUCUCCCAGCCCCAAAGCCCAGCCCUUCGGCUAUAGAGCACCACAGUUACAUACCUCUCUUUUGGAAUCCUUAUGGGGCAUGGCCCAAGGGAUUGCAUCCAUCUGAAAAAUAAUAAAAAGGAAGCCACAUGCAGCCCAGAGACCUGCCCAGCAAGAGGGGAAACAAGGGCAACAGUGAACUGCUGCUGCUUCCCAUCCAAGGCCCAGCAUUCAUCCUGUGAGCCACUAAGGCCGCACAGCCUUUUUUCUCAGCCUUCAUGUGUGGUUCUUGUAGUCUAGGCCUACUGUACUGGACCUGGCUUCUGGGUCCCAGCCUUGUCCCAGCCCUCCAUGGGCCUUGUCUGCCUGACUUUUCUGACAUGGGUAGACCACCUGUAUGUGAAACACACUGUAGCCAACUGUGGCAAUGAGUUGUCUACAGGGUGGCACCUUUACCCUUUUUACCGUACUAUAUUCUUGAAAUUUCCUUUCUGUUUAUGCUUUUGUUCUGACUUUCCUUCCUCUUACUUCGGGAACCAAAUCCUUGAAUCCAGGAAACCCACUGCACAGUGACAUCUGAAAUGUUUAGAGUCCUAACAAAAAGACAGAACCAUGAAAGAUUAUUCUCCCUAAGUAAAAGGAAGGAAAGUCAGAGCAAAACCAUAAACAGAAAGGAGAUUUCAAGAAUAUAGUAGAGUAAAAAAGAAGGGUAAAGGUGUUACCCUGUAGACAACUGGUUGCCACAAUUAGCCAGUGUGCUUCAGGUAGAGGUGGUCUACCCAUGUCAGAAAAGUCUUUCCAAUUCCCAGGUGCUGCCCCAGGUUGCAGGCAGCACCCAGCCCAAUCCAAUGGUGCCUAGGCAUGGGGAAGCUUGGGCUUGGUGGGCUUCUAGCACCUCAUGCACCAUCCUUACCACCUUCUCAUUGCCUGGUACCAUCCAUAAAUGGGCAGGUUUGCCGCUGGGGGAGUGCGGGAAGACAGCAGGGGAAUGGCUGGGUAUGCUGGUGGCCAGAGAAGGCAGCAGGAGCAUUGCACGGGGAGCUGGAAGCCCACCAAGCCUGAGCUUCCCUGACCAUGCCUGGGCUUCCAGCACACCAUGAACCAUCCCUGCCACCUUCUCCGGAUGCAUUGCCACAAUUUGUUACAUAGCAAACUGAAAUACAUGGCAUGUGUUUUACUUUGCUACAUAACAAAGUCAUUAAAAGUGAAAUACGCCACCACACGUAUACAACAUGAUGAAAUUAAAAUGUAAUACACUGCUGCAGGUCUAAACAAUAACACCAUUUAAAUGAUUAAAAAGGGCAAUUGAACUACUUAAAUGGCCAAUUUUGUCACGUGUAUGUAACAGGCAGUUUGAGGGGCACUUACCUUCAGAGUGUCCUACAUCGGGCUCUGCCUGAAUACUUGAAGAUGUUCCCAGCAGGGACACCUACCAGGAACGACCAUCAAUUUGUCCCAAUCGGGAUGCUAUACUUGAUGUCCAGUAUUAUCCCCAGCAGAGGGAUUCAAGAUUCAAAAAUCAGUUAGGGAGGCUGGGAAAAUUCCAGCCCAGGCAUUGGCUGGGCAGGCUCCCCUUAAAUCUGGGUGUCUCCCUGCCCCCCAGUGGUGGUAGUAAGAGGUGUGCACUGAGCGAAGAGGGUUGGGGAGAGCCUGCAGCAUGGUCCCACCCUGUGGGUGCAUGCUAAAGUCUUUGUGAGUGGGCAGGAGGCCAGUGGAGCUCCUGAGGUUUGAGCAGGAGAGAGCAGACUCCUAGAACAAGCCCUUGGAGUUCAUGAGCCAGCUUCACAAAUUCCUUUGGGUGGGGACAAACCCCUGGGGAGCCCCUAGCGAGGUCGGUAAAAUAGUGCAAUAAACCCCCGGUGUGAGCAGCCGGCGAAAGGACUGUGGCAGAACUGUGUCAGCUUGGUAGAAAGAGACACCAGCAAGGGAAAGUUCCCCGGAUGCCUGUGUGGUCUAAGACCCAGGGAGGCAUGACCUGAGGGAAAGCCUUAGUGUGCCUAAAGGGGGAGUGAGACCAGAGCUGGUGCGUGGCCUGUCUGUGGGUGAGUGCUUUGAAACAGGGGGAAGUAAAACCAAAGGGAAGAGAAGUUCUGGCCCAGGUGUGAGGUAACAACUCGGGAAAAGGGAUUGAGGGUGCACAGCCAGAGAGCUCAGUGGAAGUUUCAAGGCACUCUAGGCAUUUCUAGUCCAUGUGGUGGUAAGUGUCCAUAGCACACAGCCUGAGUAUUCAAAGGCCACGGGGUCCCUGGGUGUGCAGAGUGCACUGCAGACUACAAGCCACAUGGACCUACAUGGGAAAGCCUGAGACAGCUGGAUCCCUCAAAGGGCAUGAUGAGAGGAGCGAGGGACUGCCACUCCCUCCAACCAUUGGGCAUAAGUCAGGGUAAAUGUUUAUUAGUUGUGAAUAAUUAAUUAGGGCAGUACUAUAAUGAAUAUUUAGCAUAGUGUAUCAGUUAUUAGCGUUUUAUCUGUCAACUUGAUCAGCUCUUAAGUGUAAAUAGUUAUUAACUGCUAUUUUUGUAUAAACUCACCCUUGUAUUGUAAAUAGAGUAUUUUAAACCUUUUAUAUCAAUUAAUGUUUGUUUGUAUAUUAUAAUUAUUCCCUGCAUAUUAUUAAAUUCUGCAUAUAGUUA